GUCACGGCGCGGCCGGGGUUUCCCUGCGCCUGUCCUGCUGAGGUCGUCCCGCAAGACGCACCCAGAACUGGGGCAAACGGAGGGGCUUUUCUGCCUCCGUUACGAUUUCACAGAAAAAGAGCCCAAAAUGCCGUCCGGGAAUGCAGCAGUGAAGCUGCUGGAUGGACGCAGGACGCAGCUCGUCUAUUGGCUAUUUGAACUCCAGCGCGCCGAUUGGCCUGAGACGAACUUCACGAGCGAUGAUGGAUCGAGGAGGAGCAGGAUGGGAGCUCGUACUCGUGAACCUAAAGCAGUCCGGACUAUGUGAUCUGACCCCCGGGCCGCUGCAUGGGUGCUUUCACUUGCCUCGCCUAUCCACUGAAGCCGCGAACGAGCACUUUUACGCGUGGGUUUAUUUACUGGCGCGGGAAGCAUGCACCUUGCGCUUCUGCUGACGCUGGGAGUCGGGUUCGCGUCCGCGUGUCAGCUGCCCAGCGAGUGGCGACCCCUGAGCGAGGGCUGUCGAGCCGAACUCGCCGAGAUCAUCGUGUACGCCAAGGUGCUGGCCAUCCACGAGGAGCCGUACGCGUCCAGCCUUUACAAUUACCUGCCGUCCCUGAAGCACGAGCGCGCGGAGGACGCGCUGCUGUACGCGGCGGAGGUGGAGCUGCUGUGCGACCAGGCGUGGGGCAGCAUGCUGGAGGUGCCUGCGGGCUCGCGCCUCAACCUCACGGGGCUGGGGUACUUCAGCUGUCAGUCACACACGGUGAUGGAAAACAACUCCUACGUGUUCUUCCUCAGGAUGGAUGAAAACUACAACAUCCUCCCUCAUGGAGUCAACUUCCAGGAUGCCAUAUUCCCUGACACGCUGGAGAACAGACGACUGUUUUCCAGCCUCUUCCAGUUCUCGAACUGCUCCGGUGGACAGACGAUGCACAACUUUAACAGUGAUUGGGAGAGCCAGGAAGACAGCAGGCUGCUGUGUUCCUCCGUGCAGAAGGUGUUGUUUGAGGAGGAGGAGCGAGUCGGACAGCUUGAGGAGCGCGUGGCCGAGCUGGAGAGGAAGAACGAACAGUUGAAAGAACGGGUGGGAAAACUGAGGCAUUCUCUGAGGAAGGCCCGCAAAGUGUCCCGUCGCGCAGAACGAGAGCGCCUGGAGCUGCAAGAGCGCCUGAGACACGUGGGACAUCACCUCAAUGCCAUUUCACCCCAACACAGCCCUCCACGCCACAGAUACACACACGGACUGUGAGCUCCAACACACACUUCAACGUGGACUCGUACAGGCUGCAGGGCGGUCUUCAAAUCCCAUAUAUCUGCAUUUUUUGUUCUUUCCAUAGUUUUUAGCCAUUAAUCAAGCUCCAAAUGCUUGUUUUGUACAUACUUUUAAUGUUUAUAUUGAUAUGGUAUGCUUAAACCUUUAGUGUAAAAAGCUAUUUCUAAUUUGAGCUGAUGUUGCGUUUUAGACUUUUAGUUUGAAUUAAACUAAUUUCGAUGUUGCCA